CAUGUAACAUUAUUUAUGAACUCAUCGAUAUUUUGUAAACACUGCAUUUCGAAGUAUAUAAAUUUUGUUUCUCCUCACUAUUCAAAAUCAAUAUCCUAUUAUUUGCAAGUGUAAUUUCGUGAUACAUUGAGGCAUAAGUUCAUUAAGUAAAAAAAAUUUCCUAACCUUUGGCAUAAUUUUUCAAGAAAUGAGCAGUGGAUUUGUGACGGAAACGGAGUUGGCCGAAGCUCGUCAGCGGCGCCAGGAAGAAUGGGAAAAAGUGCGGACAGCGGAUCAACCUUUAGAGGCUCCCGAAGAGGAAUAUGAUGGAAGAUCUUUGUUUGAUCGACUUCAGGAACAAAAACAGAAAAAAGAUCUGGAAUAUGAAGAGGCCCAUAAACUAAAAAACAUGAUAAAGACGUUAGAUGACGAUGAGGUGGAGUUUUUGGAUAUGGUGGAUAAGAAUAAAUUGAAUGCCGAGAGGCAGGCACAGAUUGAGGAAGCAAAGGAAAUGUCUGAAUUUCGGCAAAAAGUUGCCUCACUACACGAGCAGCGUUUGGAUGAACAAAUUCAGCAGCAAAUGGGUAAACCAAAACCAUCAAAAGUGCCCAUCGUUACUAAUCGAAUGUCUCAGAAAAAAUUUUUGGCAGGAGUAGUUGUUAAGAAACGAAAGUUAGAAGAGGAAUCUUCCGUAACUACUAACGAAGUAACUUCCAUUAAAAAGAAAGCACUAUCGAAACCAGCAUCAGCGAAAGACCAGCCAGCUACUGAAAGGAACACCUCAAAGCAUCCGAUGAGUGAUAGUAAGAAGUUGAAAAGUGGCGCCCUGCAAGUAAUCGGUAUUCUGCCAGGGCUCGGAUCCUACCGAGAAUCCACGGACUCAGAGGCAAGCAGUGACUCAGAAGAUGAAGCGGCCCAAUACGAUUGGAUUGGGAGGAAAUUAGCUAAAGACAAAGAGGAAUGUAAGUAACUUUUUAUGUGUUACCUCCUGUUGGGCUAUUUUUUUUUUCUGGAUAAUAUAUUUAAGAAUUACGCAAUAA